AAUUGAUUGUGCACGGCUACGUUAUCAAAUAGAGUAGCAUCAAGUAGAUUAGCAUGUAGACCUAAAAUCGCACUCUGUGACGAAGGUUUGACCCCAGCCUUUGCCAAUGUAGCUGACAUGUCAUCCGAAAUGUCACUCGAGCGUUAAACAGACAACUGUCGUCGAGUGAAGCCGUGAAGAGCAACAACUCCAUGUGCUGAUUACGGACGUCGGAAUAUACAACAGAGAGUGCACUGGGGAUUUCGAGGGCGACUAGACUGACCCCCUCUCACUCUCCCUCCCUCAUUCCAGUCUCUCCCUCGCGCAGAGUUUUCCGUCCUGUGACAGGAUAACAUCGCUAACAAAGAGCAUUUUCUGGCAGUAAGAAACUGCACAAAUGGAAGCAGUUGAGAAAACUCUCACUUACCGAGACGACACCGGACCUUAUAGAAAGCUGCUCCAUGGAAAUAAAGACAAAAACCAGUGCAACACUAAGGCAAAAAGUGACGAAUCCAAUUAUGUUGAUUUGGAUGAUUUACUUGAUAUGAAUUCAGAGUGCACAAAAACUGUUAAAGUGACUUUCACCGGUGACGGUAACCAGCUUGCAGUUUUCAAAUGCAACAGUGAUACGUCCGGAGAGAGGAGCCCCGGGGUUCGCGAGAUUGAUGACAAUGUGGAUCAAAUCUAUGAGGAAACAUCGAAGGACAGGUGGGCAGAUAGGCCUGUCUCGGAAGAUCCCACCAUGGACACUUAUUUGACAGAAUUUAACAGCAAUGUGGACUUGGGGAAUAACAAUACGACAGAACCCCAGAGCGAAAUUGUGCCUCGUGAUUAUAAUGUCCCUAGCGAGUGUGAGGAGUUACAAUACACAGACAUGUAUUUGAACAGUAAAACCGAAUCGGACGACGGUGAGAGCGUAGUAUUGUCAGACCAUUGUGCGCCUGAUACGGUGAUAGACGAAUCGCACUACAUUACAACGCACGAAAUCCAACUGACAGAGCAUGACCAUGAUGUCGAUUAUGAUUUUGGACGGGGAAACUGUUGGGAUAUUGAGGACGAUAAUCUGGUUUAUUCAUUUGUGGAUUAUGCCUCUUUUGAAAGCGAUGAAACAACGGAGGAAACUUUGAUAGGCCUAGUGGAUGGUAGGAGCCAGGCGCAAUGUAAUGUGCACCAACGUGUUUCUGGUUGUGCAGUUGUCAGCACUGAGAGUGAGUUUUGUGACUCUGACAAAUGCCCCAGCUCAGAUGAAAGCAUUUGUAAAAAACAAAACAGUAGUGGGAAUUCGGCGGGGCAAAUUCACCUGUCAAUCAAGACGUCAUCAAGAGCAAUAAACGACUCUAACAAUAUCAUUGAGAAUGAAAACAUUUGUUAUAAUACCAAGCACAUGGGAAACAGGAGUCACUUCUGUUUUACAAGCACUGACGCCAGAGCGGAAGCCUUGUGCGAUAGAUCCCAAUAUUUUAUCCCAGCCCCAGGACGUCAACACUUUGCAACUAAAUUAAGAGGGAAAGAUGUUAACGAAUAUUCCAGCGGUGCGUCAAGUUCGAUUAGUGAACUGGACGACGCUGAUAAAGAAGUGCGUAAUUUAACCGCCAAAUCAUUUAGGAGUUUAGCAUGUCCCUAUUUCGAUGCUAUAAAUUUGAGCACUUCAAGUGAGUCUUCAAUGUCAGAAAAUGGGCUUGGCUUAAACAAGUGGUCAGCUUUCGUUGACCUUAAAUAUGGUAAUAUGUCACAUGGCAGAGAGCAAAAUCUAAUCGCCCAUAAGAGUGCAACUGCAACUUUUGAAAUGAGCAAGAACGCAGACUAUAAGAGUAUACAUGGUAUUGCCAUAAGCAAUAAGAAAGUACCCCAAACCAAGAUGUUUUCUUUGAAUACACAAAUAUCUAGUCCACAACAUGCAUCUUCCUCUACCCAAAACGUAGAGCUUACAGGCCCAUUUGAACCAGGCAGUGAGGUUAUCACUUUGACAAAGACAUUGAAUUUUCGCUGUAAUGUUGAAGCGGGGUCACCUGAACCCGGGAAGUCUCCUAAGUAUUCAGAAAAUGUGUCAGGAGCACAUUCCAUGGAUGAAGUUACCGGCACCUUGCCAGCUAAGCAAGGAUAUGAAGUGAGCUACCAACACAGUGACGCGGGUGACAGCAUGGAAGGCACACAUAAGAAUGCAAGUUUCGCAUCAAGUCUCUUAAAAAAUGUCAUUUCCAAAAAAAUGCAAUUUGAACAGGAGCGUAAGAUGGAGAGGGGGGAGAUACGGGACACGCAUCCCACGCACUCCCCAUGCUUUCAAUGCAAGGAUCAAGAUGGGAUAAGGGAGAGGGAUACAGAGAGAGGCGUGCAUAGUCAAUCCUCAAAAUCGGGUUCGGGAUGCACAAGCAAUUCUUCGGAUGAACAAGGGGCUGUGGACAGUAGACCUAAUUCUUGUGACCCCAAGGAAGAUCGUACAAGAACAUUAGCAAGCUUUCAGCCCAUAAAUGAGGCACGACUAGAUUCUCAAAGGGAUGCAUGCGAGCCCACAAGAGGAUCCCUGAGCCAUAGCCAAAACAGCGCAUUCAAAUCAUGGAGGGAUGGUGAGCCAGAGCCCCAAGAUGAACAUGAAAUUCGUACCGUUUUAGAUGGGACACACUCCACAACAGAUAACACGGGGGAAAGGGAGUUAGACACCAGGUCUGUAAGUAGCAAGCUAACUAAAUUGUCACACUUGUUUGUUCCAAGUUCCCAGCGUCUCCCUAAAGAUACGGAAUUGAAAGAACAGGUGUCAGACAGUACUUUCCUCGGUGCGCAAAAAGAGCAUCAGGGGGACCGAGAGAGAAAGUUUAGACCUGACAACGAUGCAGGAAUCGUGAAAGGGUCAAAGGCACCCGAGAUAAAAAUACGCCUGAGGAGCGUAAAAGAAAACAAAUACAAUCCGCUAAAUAUUGACAACUUGUUAACCCCUAAUAUAAGUUAUCCAAUAAAGUCAGCAGGUGACUCCAAAUGUCAGGUGCUGCCAGCGUCAGACAGAGUGCCACACUUUACGGUUAGGGAUAUAAGAGACAAUAAGUGCAAGUUUCAGACGCCAAUUCAUCAGGUAAGAGACGUACGUAAAUUGGUCAAGAGUUCAUAUCGUUUAGUCUCAGUGGAUAACAGCGAGAGUAAAGGCGCAGUCGCCCCUGUAACUGCCUCAUUACGCGAAGACAAUAAAGCUUCUAAGAAACUACCCGGUAAAAAAUCGCCUCCCUCUUCAAUUGUAAUAAAAUGUCAGUCUGUAAAUACAAAUAGCAGUACUAAACAAGGUGUGCUUGUAACCGAGGCUCCAAAGCAGAGACAAAUUGAGAACGAUAGGUCAUCCCCCAAACCAUCUCCAGACUGUGCCAAAAAUGAACCCACGUCGCUGCACAGGGCGAUGGGCAGACCUCCAAUUGGCUUCGCUAAACACCCCAACACAGAUCAGUCCGAGGCUAAACAGAAGCAGGAAAAAAUGGUCGAGGCAGGUGAACGCAAACCGGAGUCGAAAAUACCAAAACAGGUGGCGUUAGAGAAACUAAAGGCGGCCGUUAAAACAAUGGAACAGCUUUAUGUUUUUGACAGAAAUGAAUGGAAGCGCAAGAGCCAGGCUCCCUGGCCUAUUACAGACAGUCAUGUUCUGUCACUCAUUGCUAAAGAGGAGCAUGGUGGCCCGGAGGAGCUAGGUUCAGCAGGUGACAGAGAGAGGCUUAUUACAGAGACAAACACAGACAGGCUGCCAGAAACAUGCAACAUUCAAGAAGAGAAAGGUUGUCUAAGAAUAAUCCAUGUCCCAUUCACAAAGAACACAUUUAAAACCCAGUCACAACAAAGUAAAAUGUUUAGUAACAAAAGUGUGUUUCAUUUGGGGAACAGCAUUAAGACAGCUGUCAGUAGCAGCAGCUUUGCUAGUAGGAAUGGGCCACAACCCUGUUCUCCAUCACAUGCAACCUCUAUGGUGAAAAGCAUUAGCACUAAGACCCCGAAAGCUCCUCUCUCAUUGAAAAUAUGCCCCCCAAAACGAGCGCUGGUGGACAGGGGAAGGUUCAAAAGCAGCCCCACCACAGAGACAACCCCACAGCCCAUCAAAUCUGGCAACACAGACUCUGAAAACUACUUAACAAUACCUGUAGAAGGCCGGUGUGUCGGUCAAGUGAAACUGCCCAUUCAAGAGCAGGUAUUCCCAAGCAGCCCUGCUGCCAGUCAACCUGACAUCACCGACACCAAGAGAUCCGAGCAUAAUUCUAUCCAGUCUCUCAAACGGUCCCCUGUUGUCAUGGAGACGCGGCCCCCAGAUACCCCCACCAUCCCCACUACCGCCACCAUCUACCACCACUCUCUACCAGUGGUCAAGCAAGGAGCCCCACAGCCGCAGGUGUUCUGCUUCUCCCCGUCCAUUGCCCCCUUGCCCACAACCCCUUCGGGGGGAGACCCCUUCCAGCCUACCCAGAGGAAGAUGCUCUUUGAUCCCACCACCGGACAGUACUACCUGGUGGACACUCCGAGUGAGCCAGUCACCCGGCGUCUCUUCGACCCUGAGACGCGCCAGUAUGUGGACGUGCCUAUGCCUAUGCCACAGCUGCAGCCAGUGACCCCCAUGUCCGUGUCCCCCCUGGCGCUGAACACGGGAGGGGUGUACUCACCCAACUACAUGAUCUACCCGGGGUUCCUCUCACCCAUGCUUCCUGCACAGACGGUGAUGACACCCCAGGUCGCAUCCUACGUGGCAUCCCAAUUGGAGGACGAGAGCGGGAAUACCGCUCACAGGAAAUACACCCUGGUGCGUGGGGGGGGACAGGAGGGUAACAUGACGGGGGCAGAGAGCCCCUACUACAGUGCUACUGGAGGGUCAGUGCCAGCAUCAGUGCCCGUCACCUUGGGCCACCACGUCACCACCCGGGGGAGUGCGGCCCUGUCAGAAGGAAAACCACCGGUCAUCAGCAUCACGUCCCAGCAACGCCCGAGAAUCAUUGCACCACCCUCCUUCGAUGGUACGACCAUGAGCUUUGUGGUGGAGCAUCGGUAACCACCAAGGGAAUAUACACAGAGUGCUUCUUGAGGAGCCUGUCCUGUGAUAAGUAGAUGUUUCAUGGUAAUCUUCUCACACCCUUCUUCGCACCCAGUCCACCAAAUUCCACCUGAACCCACCGUGUUUCCAAGCCCAACCACCUGCCACCAUCACCGCCCCCCAAUCCAACCGGUGGUCUUUGCAGCACGUCUGUAUCUGUAAAGCUAUGCUUCAUGCCUAAUACUUGUUUGUUAAGGUAGCUACUGGCUUUGUAUAACUGCUUUCAGAUCUGUAUUUAGAUGACAGAACAUUCCUUUUGUUCAAACGCAAUUGGAUUCAGGCACUGCAAUAUUGUGGUUCAAAAAGGAAAUCAUGUUUUCCAAUUAAGAUUCUAUAAAAGUUACACACGUGCGUGUGUGCGUGCGCGAGUGUGAUUGUCCCAACAAAAAUAUUUAAUCAGUAGACGUACAAUAGACCCUAUUACACCAUACAUUGGAAAACAUUUGCAUUUGCAGGGGGGUUCAUUCUAAUUCAAUGCAUCAUAUAAAUUGAAAAUCCAAUUCAGGAAUUAUUUUUGAGGGAUUUUUUUUAUUCUCUAAACUGAGGCGUUUCCUUUUUUCUUGGCUCUUUGGUGACCUGGAGAAGUAGUAACAAGAUCACACUUCUAGCCGCACCCUUUGUUUCCUCCUUUUGCAGCUAAUAGCCACACAGUUAUUGGAUUGUAUGAUUUGAUGUGCUUUUAUAUGACAUUCGUAUGGCACUCUCCUUGUGUGCAAAUACUAUGAUGAAAGACUUAAGAGAAACACACUAAGUGUGUUGCUGAGAAAAGCUGGAGCCCUGGGACCUGCCACAUAUUUAGUGGUUGUUUAGAGUCAGAGGUUGGCUAUAUAGUAUAUUUGGGGCAAAUGUUUCCCAAGUAGCUUUACUGUAGGCUUAGGGUGGGACCUUACAGAUAAAGUUGAGACAUUUUAUGGGAUAACCUCCUCUAUAGGUUUUGGCUAACUUUACACUCACGUGUAAAAGGAGAAUGACAUGGGUUAGGGUUAGUGUGUGUAUGUACUGUAUGUGUUUAGUAAUUGUGAGGUAUUAUGCAUUAUGUGAACAGACAACAAGCUAGCGUGUUACAGAAUAACUCAGAUAAAUUAGAAAUGCAUCAGUCGAUCAUUCAUUCAUACAUAAGCAUUUUUUUAUUUAAGAUUUCACAAUGUUUUGGGUGGUUACCUACUUGUAAACAGGAACAGGAACGGGAAAGGAAUUUAUCUUUCCCUUUGAUCCUUUUCUUAAAUGGCAAUUGUUUAAAAAAUAGUGGAUACUGCUAAUUCAUGCCCAUUCUGAAUACCAAUUGUAAAAAAUGCUUAUAUUCAUAUUCAAAUCAGGACCAGGGUUGGGGUGAAUUCAAAUUUGAAUUCAGUCAUUUCAAGUUAUGAUUUGAAAUCAAAUGAAUUCAUUGAAAAUGGCUCAUUAUUAAAACAAAUUGGUAUGUGGACUUUCACAUUUAUUAAUACAAUUUCAGCUCACACUCAGGGAUGAAUGAGCUAACAUGAAAUUGACUCCAAAUUUAAAAAAUAUACUAAUCUCUUUCUUUCCUUUUGAACAAUUUUGCAGUGCAACAAUAGACACUCACGCUUAGAGCAAUGGUGCUUUCUUUAGUUUUUAUUUUAGUUUUUAAGUUCCAUGUUUGAAUAUGCAUAUUGUAGGUUGCUGUUUUUCUUGUUUUACACAUUAGAAAAUGCAUUAAAGGUAUUUUCAGCUGCUGGUCAGUCUUUGAACCUGAACAAAUAUAUUUGAGUUUUCUGUCUGUGACGAAGUACUGUAUAAAAAAGUACCCUGUGAGUUGAUUCCACUGUGGAAGAAAGUAUAGUCACAGUACAACCCACUGGGCCAUGGAUCUAUAACAUUUAAUAAAUGUUCACCUGUUACAAAAGGGUGGAUUAAAAUGACUAACGGUAUUUCACCUUUAUCAUGCAAACAUUUGGAUUCAAACGUCAAACAUGAUAACUUUCAAAAUGUCAAACCAGAGAAGACAAUUUAUUUGUAUUUUUAUUUUACAUAUCAUUUCUUGUGUUGUUGGUUUUUAUGAAAUGGUUCAUAUACUGUGGUAUGUAAACUGAAUUUCCUUCUUAAGGGUGUGUAAUUGCUGUUGGGCACAUUAGUGCACUUGGCAAGCUAGAUAAAUGAUUUUAUUCACCAACCAAAAGCAGUGCAUACUGUAACAGUUGAAGAUUGGUUGAUGAUGUUUCUUGUCCUUCAAAAGGAAAUUUGUUACGCAUUAAUCCUGAUGAAUUAUUGAAUAGUAGAAUUGAAGUCUAAUUUAAUCCUGACACAAAGUAGCACAUUCUACUGAACAGUACAUUCACACUACUUACAGUGUCUUCAGAAAGUAUGGACUUUUCCUAAAUGUUUGCUGUGUUACAGCCUGCAUUUAAAAUGGAUUCAUUUGAGGUUUUGUGUCACACACAAUAGCCCAUAAUGUCAAAGUGGAAUUAUGUUUUUAGUAAUGUUAUUUAUUUUAUUUUAUUAUUGUCAAUUACAUGGCUCACUCUGUGUGCACUAAUAGUGUUUAACAUGAUUUUUUGAAUGACUACAUCCUCUCUGUACCCCACACAUACAAUUAUCUGUAAGGUCCCUCAGUCAAGCAGUGAAUUUCAAACACAGACCAUGGAGUUUUUUCAAUGCCUCUCAAAGUAGGGCACCUAUUGGUAGAUGGGUAAAAAAAAAAAAAAAAAAGCAGACAUUGAAUAUCCUUUUGAGCGUGGUGAAGUUAUUAAUUACACUUUGGAUGGUGUAUCAAUACACUAAGUCACUACAAAGAUACAGGCAUCCUUCCUUCGUAACUAUGUUGCGUUUAAGGAAGGAAACCGCUCAGGGAUUUCACCAUGAAGCCAAUGGUGACAUUAAAACAGUUACAGAGUUGAAUGGCUGUGAUAGGAGAAAACUGAGGACAGAUAAACAACAUUGUAGUCACUCCACAAUACUAACCUAAUUGACAAGAGUGAAAAGAAGGAAGCCAGUACAAAAUACAACUUUUCCAACAAGGCACUAAAGUAAUACUGCAAAAAAUGUGGCAAAGCAAUGCCCUUUUUGUCCUGAAUACAAAGUGUUAUGUUUGGGGCAAAUCCAAUACAACCACUUUCCAUAUUUUCAAGCAUAGUGGUGGCUGCAUCAUGUUAUGGGUAUGCUUGUAAUUGUUAAGGACUGGGGAGUUUUUUAGGAUAAAAAAGAAACAGAACUUAGCUAAGCACAGGCAAAAUCCUAGAGGUUCGAUCUGCUUUCCACCAGACACUGGCAGAUGAAUUCACCUUUCAGCAGGACAAUAACCUAAAACAUAAAGCCAUAUCUACACUGGAGUUGCUUACCAAGAAGACAGUGAAUGUUCCUGAGUGGCCGAGUUACGCUUUGACUUAAAUCUACUUGAAAAUCUAUGGCAAAGACCUCCAAAUGGUUGUCUAGCAAUGCUUAACAACCAAUUUGACAGAGCUUGAAUAAUUUUUGUAAGAAUAAUGGGAAAAUGUUGCACAAUCCAGAUGUGGAAAGCUCUUAGAGACUUACAUAGAAAGACUCACAGCUGUAAUCGCUGCCAAAAGGGUUUCUACAAAGUAUUUACUCAGGGGUGUGAAUACUUAUGUGAAUGAGACAUUUCUGUAUUUAAUUUUCAAUAAGUUAGCAAACAUUUCGAAAACAUGUUUUCACUUUGUCAUUAUGUGGUACCGUGUGUAGAUGGGUGAGAAUUUUUUAUUUAUUGAAUACAUUUUGAAUUCCGGCUGUUAAGGCACUGUGUAAAUAUGUGUAUUUCAUUUUGAAAUGUUAGAUGUUCUUGUCUAGCUGACUACAACAGAAAUAUGUGUAACAGUGUCAUUAACAUGUCAUUACCUUUAAGUCUGUUCAUUGUAUUUCCAUUUCUGAAAAAUGACAACCUGUCAGUAGCUCAACUUAGUGGAUGUUAGAAUUUCAGAACUUACUGAGUUAUAAUUUGUCACUAACAUGAACAGUCAUGAUUUGACAUUAUAUAUGUUAAGUGUAUGAUAUCAUUAUGUGGACUAAUAAAGCUUAGUCAAAGUGAUGACAUCAUUUAGUAAAGAGCUACCCAGUCACACUGUAGCAUAAAUUAUGAGUAAUUGAAUAAGCAAUCUCAGUUUACAACUUCACCUAAGCACAAUAUCCCUCCCCAAGCCCAUGAAUCUAACGGCUUUCGGGUUCCCUGAUGCCCAAUGAAAGAAACAUUCAGUGUAUAUGCUUUGCUUUUUGAAAGAUGUUGAAAGAUGGAUGGGGAAGUAAUGUUGAGAUGGGAGAAAUGUACGUGAACGAACAAGAGAGAAAGAAUGGCGCUAUUAAGAUUGAUUGGCUACAUUAGCCUUGGAGUCUGCAAGACAGUCGUACAAAAGAGACAUUAUAUAUAUGUUGCAUACGUUUUGUGCUUUAUGGACUUAAGAUGGCGGCCUAAGAAGGAGCACGAGACCGGGAGGUCAAUGCAGAGUUUGUUUGUUAGAUGAAGCAGUGCCGUGUUUGCACUUGCAAGGUGACAGUGAUGAAACAGUGAUGAAAUAUGACAAGUCGACUGAGGUGAAAAAAAUGCACUGUAGGCCCAAAAGCCUACAAGUGUUUGGAAUAAAUCAAAUUGCAAGCUAA